GAGCGGGGAGAAGGGAGCCAGCGAGCAGGCGGCAGGCAAGGUCUGCGCGAGGAGCAGGCGAGCGGGAAGACGCGACGCAGCCACCUUCCUCACCAGCCAGCCCGCCGCGGUUUGUUCCCUACCUCGGGAGUGCGCCAAUGCCUGGUCCGACCCAAACCCUGUCCCCAAAUGGCGAGAACAACAACGACAUCAUCCAGGAUAACGGGACCAUCAUUCCUUUCCGGAAGCACACAGUGCGCGGGGAGCGUUCCUACAGUUGGGGAAUGGCGGUCAAUGUGUAUUCUACCUCGAUAACCCAAGAGACUAUGAGCAGACAUGACAUCAUCGCAUGGGUUAAUGACAUAGUAUCUUUAAACUACACAAAAGUGGAACAGCUUUGUUCAGGGGCUGCCUAUUGCCAGUUCAUGGACAUGCUCUUUCCAGGCUGCAUUAGUUUGAAGAAAGUAAAAUUUCAAGCAAAGUUGGAGCAUGAGUAUAUUCACAAUUUUAAACUUCUGCAAGCAUCGUUUAAGCGAAUGAAUGUUGAUAAGGUGAUCCCAGUGGAGAAGCUGGUGAAGGGGCGUUUCCAGGACAACCUGGAUUUCAUUCAAUGGUUUAAGAAAUUCUAUGAUGCUAACUACGAUGGGAAGGAGUAUGAUCCUGUAGAAGCGCGGCAAGGGCAAGAUGCGAUCCCUCCCCCCGACCCUGGCGAACAGAUCUUCAACCUGCCAAAAAAGUCUCAUCACGCAAACUCCCCCACCGCAGGUGCGGCUAAAUCAAGUCCGGCAUCUAAGCCGGGAUCUACACCUUCUCGUCCCUCAUCAGCCAAAAGGGCUUCGUCCAGCGGCUCAGCAUCCAAAUCUGAUAAAGAUUUAGAAACACAGGUCAUACAGCUUAAUGAACAGGUACAUUCAUUAAAACUUGCCCUUGAAGGUGUGGAAAAGGAAAGGGAUUUCUACUUUGGCAAGUUGAGAGAGAUUGAGCUACUCUGUCAAGAGCAUGGGCAGGAAAACGACGACCUCGUGCAGCGACUAAUGGAAGUCCUCUAUGCUUCGGAAGAACAGGAGGGUCACCCGGAAGAGCCGGAGGCAGAGGAACAAGUCCACGAACAGCAGCCCCAGCAGCAGGAAGAGUACUGAAGGGUCCUGGCAGCUCUCAACUUCGACUUUGCGUGGGAACUUUUCUUCUGGAGAAACGUGUGGCCUCAAGCUCAACAGAAACCAGUUGUUCCCAGUCUGCCGUUAACACCAACGCACUGUUGCAUACGCCAGCCACGGCGCUCGGUUCCCGUUUCCUUUGCCAAGACCCAUUAGCAGCCGGCCGUGUGGCGGCCUACCUGAGAGAUCGUGGGGUCACACAUCUUCUACUUCACUUGGCUGCUUGAGAUUGAUUCUGCUCUUUUCAUUUCUUUCCAGAACAACUCUCCCCACCCCACCACCACCAACACCCCCUUUUUAUCCUGGUGUGAAACAAUGGUAAUUUGAUAUAUGGUAUUUAUAUUGGCAUUUCCCAACCCAGUGUCACUAGAUGUCACACAUUUGUGGUGCUUUGAUGUUUGCAAGUCUAACCUCUGAACAUAAAUUUGGUCAAAUAAUAAAUUGGAACAAAGGGAAAGAGAUACUUGAUAUGAAAGCCAUAAGGACAGUGACUUGUUUUAUAGGGAAAACCAGUUUCUCCCUCUACUCCCAACACUUAAGGGGAAAAAAAGAAAGAAUCAAAACUAGGACUUCAGGGCCCAGUGUUUCUCCCUGAGCAUGUUAGACAAACUCAGUUAGUUUUGAAAGACAUUCACUCAAGGACAACACCAUCUCAACUUAGCUCUCCAACUGCUUACCCCCCCCCCCACCCCACCCCCCCAGGUUCUCAUGCUAUUUUCUUUCUCAGGGUCCUCUUUGGUGGGCAGCCCCUCUUCCUGUAAGCUGUCAGUCAGCUACAGUCCAGAGGGGGUCUGCGUAGGUCCCGGUCCUCCUGCCUCUCUCUGGGUCUCCGCCCAAAGCCUGUCCUCCACGCUAGGGGACUCCUCCUGUAGAAUGCCCUGAGGGUGUGCGGCCCAAGCGCGUGAGCGUCAGGGUUCCGCAGUGAGCUGCACACUCGCCGGAAGUGAAGACCACCUUACUAGGAGCAUCAUUCCAAGGGAGACACCAGCUUCCCAAGUCUGGUGUUGACACUGGAAUGACAGCACAGGAAACUCUAGGAUUCCCAAUACCUUCUGGAAUAAGGAAUCUCCCCUCGUUCAUACUGUGGCCCUCCUUGUCAUUGACCUUUGAUAACCUUGGCAAUUCAUAAAGAGGAAACAUUAAUGAAUUAAAAGCAUUCCUUAUUUUUUUAACAAAUAUUUGCACAUUUUCUUAGUAUCUUUCCAAAUCUGCCUCUUUUAUUCCUUUGACAGAUGGUAUCCCUUCCUGGAUCAUUCAUUUCACUUGGUUUCUAACUUCAGAUUUACUUCACUUGUUAUUUGACUUAGCAGGUGCAAGCCAAACAAGUGUGCCCACCCCACUUGCCUCUUAACUGAAAAGCUUAAAAUAAAUUUCUGAAUUAUGUAUCCUAAA